AUGACUGAGAUUGGGAAUUAUUUAAUAGGGAAGACUAUUGGACAGGGCACAUUUAGCAAGGUUUGUCAAGCAAUCAAUCAAGUGAUUGGCCAUGAGGCAGCAGUAAAGGUUCUUGAGAAGAAGCAAAUCAACUAAGAGGGAGACGUGGAGCGAGUGAAAAGAGAGAUUCAAAUAUUGAAGAUCCUCCAUCAUCCGUAAAUCGUGAAACUUUAUGAGGUGAUUGAGACAGAAAACCACAUCUACUUGUUCAUGGAGUAUGCAAAUGGCGGAGAACUCUUUGAUUACAUAGACAGAGUUAAACAAGUAACAGAAUACGAAGCCUGCAAAUUCUUUCAUUAAAUCAUCUCAGGACUAGAGUACAUCCAUGGUCAAAAGGUCAUCCACCGAGAUCUGAAACCUGAGAACCUAUUGCUAACGAGCGAUAGAGACAUUCUCAUUGCCGAUUUUGGUUUGAGCAACCUUCAAAAGGAUAUGCUCAAGACUUGUUGUGGUAGUCCUUGUUAUGCAGCUCCAGAAAUGAUACAAGGAGAACCCUACAAUGGAUAAUAGACUGACAUUUGGAGUUGUGGGAUCAUUCUAUUCGCCAUGAUAUGUGGCUAUUUGCCAUUUGAUGAUCUUAAUACUCAGAAUCUGUAUUAGAAGAUCAUUAAUGCCGAAUUCACUUUCCCAAAACAUAUCUCAAUUGAUGCCAAGGAUCUGAUUAAGAAAAUUUUAGUGGUUAAUCCAUAAAAAAGAUAUUCAAUUUAGCAAAUUAAAAGACAUAAGUGGUGGCAAUUAUGGAAAAGAGAUAAUCCCCCAAUGUCAGCAUUUAAGGCCAGAUGCAUUACAAUUCCUUGUUAAUUUCUGCCAAACAGUCCUUAUAAUCAAGAAAUACCCAACUUACCUAAAUAUUCCCCAAGGAAUGCUAAAUCACCAGUUGCUAAAUCUCCUCCUACAAAGUCUCCAAACACCAAAUCAACUACAUCGAAAUUAUCAAGUUGUACAUAUAAAUAGGUUUAUGAUAAAAUUAAAAUGCGAUAGACACCCUCUAAAUCAUUGCAUGAAUCUUCGAAUAAUUGUAAUCCUAAAAGUAAUCAUAAUACAAAUGUCAAUAAAUAAAAUAUCUUUAUUAAAUAACAAAAUAAUUACGCUUUUUAUAAUAAGCAUAAAAAAUAACCUUCAGGAUAAUACUCAACUUUGAUGAAAUAAACAUAAUUUUAAAAAGUUGUUUAGAGUAUGCAUGAGAGCGGAAAUUAAAAAUCAUAUAUAAAUGCAGCACCUUUUAAAACUCCUACUAAACAUUUCUAUUCUCAUACUAAGAAUGUCAGUGAUUUGGAAAAAACCAAAUUUCAAACUAGUCUAAAAAUUGAUGAAUCUUAAUCCACUUAAAACAUCCUCUAAAGGUUUACGUCUGGCUUAAAUAGCUUGAGGAACUCUCCCAGACAACCUAUCAAUAUUCGAGGAAUUGAAUAACACACUGGUCCCUAUCAUUUAUCUUUCAUAACCAAGAAGCAUCCUCAAUUGUUCAUUGAUAUGAUCCACAACUAUUUGAAAUUGCACUUUCCAAUAAUUAUCUAUGAGAAUUACUCAAUCACUUUAAAACUAACCGAUGAUUCGUUGAUUGAGGUGAGAUUGAAAAGGAUUGAACAGAUAGAUGUGUACUAUUUGGACAUCAUCUAAUAAAAUAAGGACUUUGCUGAAAUCCAAUAGUUUGUCAAGGAUCUAAGAUCGAAUAUCAAAUUUUGA